AUGGCGUUCCUGCGUGUGGACCCGCGGACGGUGUUCAGCAACAUGCAGCAGCAGGAGCGCACGCGCAUGGACGCGAUGAUGCCCGGAAUCGAGGACUUCCCCGGCAUGUGCGCGCUCGACGCCCUCGCGGCCUCGCAGCACGAGGCGCGCCACAACGUCGAGCUUGGCAUGCAGCUGGGCGCCAGCGCGCCGGGCGUGCUGCCGGGGUUCGGCGCGCCGCAGGUGCCCGCGGACGCCGGGCCGGCGGACGACGCCGCGCGCGUCGCCGGGGUCAAGCGCGAGGCCCCCGCGGCGAAGCACGGCUUCGUCGCCAAGGCGUUGCACGCGGCGGAGGCGAGGGACGUCGCCGUCGCGCCGGCGGCGAAGAGACCGCGGUGCGUGUUGCUUGCGUGCGCGGGCGCGGCGUUCGCGCGUGGCGGAGGAUCCUGCGUGCGUCUGCGCGUGCCGCGGCUGGCGAGGCUGACGCACAGUGUACGAGCGUGUGGUGCAGGCCGGGGGCGGGGGAGCUGGCGUCGAACCCGCUGGUGGGGCUGGCGCCCGACGUGCCGUACGAGCAGGUGA